CACUUUAAAAGUCCAGACCAAGUUGCUAUUUGACGACAUUCUUCUUCUCUUCCACCAGUUUCCAUUCUCUCUCCAACUCUCAUCCAUGGCUUCCAUUCCUUUCCACUUUCUUGUACUCUGUUCGAUUAUCCUAUCAAUCACAUUCCCUAUCCCUUCACAAGCCUCAUUCAGGCCCAAGGCAGUAGUCCUUCCGGUCACCAAGGACUCCUCAACUCUCCAGUACCUCACCACCCUAUACCAAAGAACCCCCUUGGUCCCUGUCAAACUGACCCUCGACCUUGGUGGCAAGUUCCUCUGGGUCGACUGCAACCGAGGCUACUCGUCGUCCUCCUACAGCCCUGCUCGGUGCCGCUCUACCCAGUGCUCCCUCGCAGGGUCCAAGAUCUGCAUCAGCUGCUUCACCGGGCCCUUGCCCGGAUGCAACAACAACACGUGCGGCCUCUCCCCAGACAACACUGUGACCCGUACCUCCACGGACGGCGAGGUGGCCCGGGACGUCGUGGUGGUGGGGUCCACCGACGGGUCGAUCCCGGGCCCUGUCGUCUCGGUGCCCAAAUUCCUCUUCACCUGUGGGGCCACAUUUCUCCUACAAGGCCUGCCCAGCGGGGUACAGGGGAUGGCAGGGUUAGGGAGGACUAGGAUUUCACUCCCCUCUCAAUUCUCUGCUUCCUUCAGCUUUGAUAGAAAGUUUGCCAUUUGCUUGAGCUCAUCCUCAACCUCCAGUGGAGUGGCCUUCUUUGGCGGUGGGCCCUACAUGAUGCUUCCCGGGAUUGAUGUCUCAAAGUCCCUCAUCUACACUCCAUUGAUCAUCAACCCGGUGAGCACAGCAUCAUCUUACUUUGCGGGUGAGCCCUCAACAGAGUACUUCAUUGGGGUCAAGUCCAUAAAAGUCAACGGGAAACAAGUCCCCUUGAACGCAUCCCUCUUGAGCAUCGGCAAAGAAGGCAACGGCGGCACCAAGAUCAGCACAGUGAACCCGUAUACCGUGAUGCAGACCUCGAUCUAUAAGGCUGUGGUUGGGGCUUUCGUGAAGGAACUCUCACAAGUUCGGAGGGUCGCGCCAGUGAAACCCUUCAGGGCGUGCUUUGACUCGAAUAGCAUUGGGAGCACGAGGGUCGGGCCGGGCGUUCCGCAGAUCGACCUGGUGCUGCAAAGUAGCAGUGUGUAUUGGAGGAUUUUUGGGGCUAAUUCAAUGGUGCAAGUGAAGGAGGGUGUGUUGUGCUUGGGGUUUGUGGAUGGAGGGUUGAGUCCAAUGACUUCAAUAGUGAUAGGAGGGCAUCAACUGGAGGACAACUUGCUGCAGUUUGAUCUGGCCACAUCAAGGCUUGGGUUCAGCUCUUCUCUCCUGUUCAGGCAAACCACCUGCUCAAACUUCAACUUUACAACUAAAGCUUAGUGGUAUGCCACCAUGAAGGUUCCUUUUUUCACUCUCUUUCUCUAAUCAAUAAAGGUCCAGAUAUGUUGGCCCGACUUGUGGGUGAAAUACAUAUAAUUAUUUCUUUUUUUACACUUGGAAGUUGUAACUUGUAUAAUCAUUUUGAUCCAUGAGAUAAAGUGAGUCAAUUGUGUCUAAUGGUUGACGAGAGAUCUGGCAUAUGCUGCCUCUGAUAUAUGCUUGACAGCAUAUGCGGAGAUUCGUUUAAAA